CUGGGAACGGCGUCAAUGACUGAAACAGCAAAGCCCUUGAAGUCGCGUGCCGCCUCGGAAGAGCUGAAAGCUGCCUACCGCAGGCUGUGCAUGCUGUACCACCCCGACAAGCACAGAGACCCCGAGCUCAAGUCGCAGGCCGAGCGGCUGUUUAACCUCGUCCACCAGGCUUAUGAAGUGCUUAGCGACCCGCAGACCCGGGCCAUCUAUGACAUCUAUGGGAAGAGAGGCCUGGAGAUGGAAGGAUGGGAGGUUGUGGAAAGGAGGAGAACGCCCGCCGAAAUCAGAGAAGAAUUUGAGCGGCUGCAGAGAGAGCGGGAAGAGAGGAGGCUGCAGCAGCGAACCAACCCCAAGGGGACCAUCAGCGUCGGCAUCGAUGCCACUGACCUCUUCGAUCGCUAUGAGGAGGAGUACGAAGAUGUGUCCGGCAGUGGCUUUCCGCAGAUUGAAAUUAACAAGAUGCACAUAUCCCAGUCCAUCGAGGCACCCUUGACAGCGACGGACACAGCCAUCCUCUCUGGAAGCCUCUCGACCCAGAAUGGGAAUGGAGGGGGCUCCAUUAACUUCGCGCUCAGACGGGUCACCUCUGCGAAGGGAUGGGGAGAGUUAGAAUUUGGAGCUGGGGAUCUGCAGGGGCCUCUCUUUGGUCUAAAGCUGUUCCGUAACCUCACGCCCAGAUGCUUUGUGACGACCAACUGUGCGCUGCAGUUUUCGUCCCGGGGGAUCCGGCCUGGCCUCACCACUGUCCUGGCUCGGAACCUGGACAAGAACACCGUGGGCUACCUGCAGUGGCGGUGGGGCAUCCAGUCGGCCAUGAACACGAGCAUCGUUCGGGACACCAAAACCAGCCACUUGACCGUGGCCCUGCAGCUCGGAAUCCCUCACUCCUUUGCCCUGAUCAGCUAUCAGCACAAAUUCCAGGAUGAUGAUCAGACUCGCGUGAAAGGCUCCCUGAAGGCAGGCUUCUUCGGGACGGUGGUGGAGUACGGGGCCGAGAGGAAGAUCUCCAGGCACAGCGUGCUGGGGGCCGCUGUCAGCAUCGGCGUCCCGCAGGGCGUUUCUCUCAAAGUCAAAUUAAACAGGGCCAGUCAGACUUACUUCUUCCCUAUUCAUUUGACGGAUCAGCUUCUUCCCAGCGCCGUGUUCUACGCCACCGUGGGGCCCCUCGUGGUCUACUUCGCUAUGCACCGUCUCAUCAUCAAGCCGUACCUCAGGGCUCAGAAGGAGAGGGAAUUGGAAAAGCAAAGGGAAAACACAGCUACCGACAUCCUGCAGAAGAAGCAAGAGGCAGAAGCUGCGGUUCGGUUGAUGCAGGAAUCUGUCCGAAGAAUAAUCGAGGCAGAAGAAUCCAGAAUGGGCCUCAUCAUCGUCAACGCCUGGUACGGGAAGUUCGUCAACGACAAGAGCAGGAAGAGUGAGAAGGUGAAGGUGAUUGACGUGACGGUGCCCCUGCAGUGCCUGGUGAAGGACUCGAAGCUCAUCCUCACAGAGGCCUCCAAGGCUGGGCUGCCCGGGUUCUACGACCCGUGUGUGGGCGAGGAGAAGAGCCUGAAAGUGCUCUACCAGUUCCGGGGCGUCCUGCACCAGGUGAUGGCGCUGGACAGCGAGGCACUCAGGAUACCCAAGCAGUCUCACAGGAUCGAUACAGAUGGAUAAACUGCUUGAGAAAAAGAAUUACAGGAGGCUGCAAAGAUCUUUUCCUGGGCGUCUAUAAAUUUGGAAGCAGGGAAACCCAGACGUCACAAGUUCAUUUUAUAUUAUUCCUAACGAGGUGGUACCGUAUCAAUUAUGUGAAGGGACACAGACACCCUGCUUUUGUGGGUGCUGUAGGCAGACUGAGGCAGCCCUGCCAGGACCAGAACCUCAGCACAGCCGUGUCUGUUUCCCAAGGAUCAUGUGCCCGAGGGAAGGGCCCUGGGCCCCGGGCGCCACCCCAUCGUUCUUGGUCUGUGAGGAGGUCGCCGUGGAACAUCUGCCCUCACACAGGACCGGGACUGCCUUUCCUGACACCACCCUGACCUGGAAAGGAAGGAAAGAACAGUCUGCAGCCAAGCGAGCAUCUGGGUGGUCGACUUGCGGAAACCGCCUUUUCCUGCUGAAUAUGGAGGAGCGUGGGUUUAUAAAUCUGCUUUUUAUCUGAGAACAAAUGGCUUGGGAAAUUAAUUAGUCUCUUCUGUCCUCCCAGAACUUCUCCAAUCAUUCCACUGGCACCUGGCUUGGGCCAGAGCAGUGACCUCUGUCCCCAGGCCCAUCCCUGUCACGGUCACUUCCUUCCAGGACCUGCCCCCAUCCUCGUGGGAAAAGGCGGUGCCCGCCCACCCCAUCCCAUGGCUCAGCCUGACCUGCUGGUGCCCCACACCACGGUGCAGUGUUGGAGUGAAGAGGGUCGGGGCAAAGGGGAAGCAUAGAGGGGCCUAGAGCACCCGCCUCAGACUGCCAAAGCCGCCCGAGCAGCUCCCAGGCCUGCGCCUCGCCCGCGCGGCCAGCAGGUGGCGCGGCUGCUCUGCACACCCGUCUGGCCCAGCUCCCUCAGGAGACGCCUUCCUGGGAGUCUGCUCCCCAGACCUCCUUCCUCUCUACCCUCUUUGGUGUAGGAGCCAGGAAACUGCCGAGCAGCCGGGUCUGUUACCUGUCAUGAGAGGCCUGUGGGCGGUGGUUCCGACAGCUUCAGGCUUCACCUGGCACUGGUACCAGUGGAAUCGCUAAUAACCCCUCCCUGCCGUUCCUCCAGUUUUUACAAACAAUUCAGAUUUCCAACCCUGUAAUAUUUAUCUCCAUUUAAAAAGUCCUCUGAGCUGCUGCUCUGGUUGUGAAUCGUGCAAUAAGCGUUGCGUGUAUCGAGUCUGACUUUGGACCCACCCCGUUCCCUCCGGGCAGGUGGCUCCUCUGGACACCAACUCUUCCUUCUGCCUGAAGGGACUGCAGGAGGCCUCUCUCCACAAUAAACCUUCUGAAAGCGGGGA